AUGGGCACUCCGUUGUUUUGUGACGCAUAUGAUGCUCAAGCCAAAGCCUACUGUAAACGUUUAAAAGUUGUGUGUGAACACUUCAAAGAACCUAAACUUCCUCCAGACACGGUGUGCGGUUUUCCUUUCGUACGUGAUGUUUUCGUCGAAACCGGAGAUUUUUGUUGUGUUCCCAGAUCCCGUUGUAAUCGACACUUUGGUUGGGAACGCUUGCGUCGUGCACAAAUCGACCUAGAACGAUAUCGUCAUGUGAGUUCUCUUAUCGCAAAAUGUGUGGCAAGGUGGCGUGACAUUUCGGUGCUCUCCGAAACGGACAAUAUGGAGUUGCACACAGAAUUGAUGGGCACGUCCAGUAGCCCCAAUGGUUCCAGCCAAUCAAUGCCGAUUAGGUUGAGGUGGUCCCCAACGAUAGAUCUGUCAUUGAAAGUGACGGUACAGGUUACUCUACCGAGCAGCUUCAGGUAUCCACCGCAGGCACUGGUGGCGGUUUCAGUUGUCGGAUGGAGAGUAGGACGACCCAAAGACUGCCAUAGACGACGAGAGAUGAUGGUUAUGUCGGACGCCGUGUCGAUUUGGAGGCGGACCGGAUGGUUGUUGACGUGCACAGACACAAAUCGACGAUGGGAGGCUGCGUCUACUUUGAACGUGGCAAAUAGGCUGCUAGUGCGGUUGCGCGAUGGACGACGACGUCGCGGCUUGGACGAUGAACGCGGACUCGAUCAGCGGCUUGUUUGA